CCCCCCCCGCCCCUCGAUCUGCGCGGCCCCGACGGCGACGAGUCCUCUCCGGCGGCCGCCACGCCCGCGGCUCGCCGGCGAAGAUGGCCGGCCGCGCUCACAGCCACAGUAACUGGCUCCGCCGUCUCAUCCCGGGUCCUCCUCGUCUUCGCCGUCUCAUCCCGGUCCUCCUCGUCUUCGCCGUCCACGCGGUCUCCUUCGCGCUCUACCUCCUCCUCCAGUCCCACCACCCGUCGCCCGACCCACCCCCACGAACCCAAGUCCGUGACGACGUCCGGGAAGUGGCGUCCUAUCUGAAGCCGUGGCCGCACCUCCCCUCCUUCCUCCCCUGGCUCUCCGGCCCUGCGCCGCCGGCGCACUCCUGCGAGGCCUACUUCGGCAACGGCUUCUCCCGCCGCGUGGAAGCCCUCCCCGCGGGCAGCGGAGGCGGCGGUCGGUUCCGGUGCCACCACAGCGAGACGCUGGGAAGCUCGAUCUGCGAGGGCGCGUGGGUGCGGCUCGACCCGGCGCUCAUCGCGAUGUCGCGCGGCGGGGAGCUGCUCGAGCCGGUGAUGGGCCGCGCGGAGGAGGAGGAGCUGCCCAAGUACGAGCCCAGCGCGCUGCAGGUAGAGGGGGCGGUGGCGGGGAGGACAGCGCCGUUGGUGGACGCAGGGUUCCUCGACGCCUACGUGCCCACCGGCGGGAUUGGGAUGCACACUAUGAGGGCGCUGCUCGAGUCAGCGCGCGUUGUGCCGCCCGUGGUUGAAGAACCGACACUUCUGGUCACUCGUUUUGAAUAUGCAAAUCUUUUCCACACAAUUACAGACUGGUACAGUGCAUAUGUUAGUUCCAGAGUCACGAAUUUACCAAACCGUCCUAAUGUUGUUUUCAUGGAUGGGCAUUGUAAGGCACAAUUGGAGCAAACAUGGGAAGCACUUUUUUCAAGUGUGACAUAUGCUAAGAACUUCUCUGGUCCUGUUUGUUUCCGACAUGCAAUUCUUUCACCUUUGGGCUAUGAGACUGCUCUAUUUAAGGGGCUUAGCGAGAGCUUCAGCUGUGAAGGUGCCUCCACUCAGUCCCUCGGAGAAAAGCCAGACUAUGAGAAAACAUCACGAUUAUCUGAAUUUGGAGAGAUGAUUGUAGCUUCGUUUGAUCUUCCACAGGAUGACAUCAUGUCAUCCAAAACACUAAAUGGUCUCAAUGUUCUCUUCAUUCGGCGAGAAGACUACUUGGCCCACCCACGCCACAGUGGUAAGGUUGAAUCUAGACUGAGCAAUAAGCUGGAGGUAUAUGAUGCAAUUGACAAGUGGGCAAAAGGUCAGAAGUGCAAAAUAAAUGUUGUCAAUGGUCUUUUUGCCCACAUACUGAAGGAGCAACUCCGUGCUAUCCUGGAAGCUUCAGUAGUAAUAGGGGCUCAUGGAGCUGGUCUAACACACUUAGUUUCAGCUACACCCGAUACAAAAGUUCUUGAGAUCAUCAGCAGCAUGUAUCGGCGCCCACAUUUUGCAUUGAUCUCACAUUGGAAGGCUUUAGAGUACCAUGCUAUAAAUCUCCCUGGAUCAUAUGCUAGGAUCGCAGAUGUCAUCAGUGAAUUGAGUAAUAUACUGAAAGGUCUUGGAUGCUGAAAACGAGGUACUGUUAUACCGAGGUAUUCAUCAUGAAAUUCACCAUAGGCCAUACCAAAUUGAUAUUUUGCUUCAUACAUACUGGUAACACUAACGACACUGACGCAUACAAUUUUAUUGAGAGGGGAGAAGUUUUGCCAGGUUAUUCCCACCAUUGUAUUGAGGAUCGAAGCAGUCCCAGUUCUCAUUAGAAGAAUUUCAUGCUGCCAUAGUCUAAUGCCAGCAUUUCCAAGGAUCAUGGAAACAACCCCUGUAUGGUAUCUGACAGCACCUAAUGAUAUGAAAGCCAAUACAUGUUGUCCACUCCAUUCUAGGAGUAAUUCUAUCGCCCGCAAGCUAAACCAAAUUGUUUUUUUUUUCGUUCCUGCUUGUAGAUUGAGCAAAUCGUAUGUAUGUUGCGUGUUGAGUGCUCCCCACUGUUGUCAUUGAAAACUGCCUGAACAUGGCACAGGCUCCUCCUUUGUGCAUGCUGUAUGAUUUGCUCUCUUUUUUUCAUGUCGCCGAAGCGAUGUCGCCUGGUCCAGCAGGCAGCAUCCUUAUGUCGACCUGAUCAUUUCGGAAGAUGAAAUGUGCCGCCAGUGGCUCAUAAUGCCCGUGCGCUAGCGUACUUUGAUC